AUGGGGAGGCAACACAAGGAUCCAGCAAUAGUUGGUUCAUCAAUAGUGCUACUUCAAGAAAGGUUUAAGCAGCUGCAGAGAUUGAAGGAGAUGAGAGAAGAGACACAGAAUCUCAGACUAAUGCCUCCAGAAACCAAUCUUCGCCAUGACCUUUCAGUCACGAGAUUUUCAACGUUGUCUUCAAACAACGCUGCUUGUCAAGACCCUCUAGCACUUGGGCUCAACUCUUCCUCCCUUAGUCAUCACACGCCACAUUUCCGACGCCAACAAACUGUUAGAGGGCCUCACAGUUUCUUUGAAAUUUCUGAUGUUGAUACCUCUCUUCGUCUCUAG